AUGGGGGAACUGAGGAAAGCUAUUUCCUUUACGGUUUUCUGCGGCAGAUCAGGACUGAAUCUAAAGGAAUACGCAAUUUCGCCUUUUAAGCGGUCAUUGGUGAUUCCCGCUCCACUGCCAAGCCUGGGAUUCAAACGAGGAGCUCACACACAGGAUAUUACCAGAAACAUAAAGCACAUAAGCAACGAUAAAAUUAAACUGUCCGUCGACCCUAAAACCAUGAAAUUGAACAAGCCUCUGAGCAGACCAAUGUGCAUAAUGCUUAGUUGGUUGCUAUCGAAGCCAAAGCACGUGAUGAAGUACGCGUCACUUUACCUGGAGCAGGGUUUCGAUGUGAUCUCCGUGUCCUGCACUCCCUGGCAGCUCAUGCGACCCACGAAUGGAGUAAAGGUAGUUGCACGCGACCUGAUCAGGUUUAUGGCAGAGAACGGCAAUAAAUUUGUGGUGCACGGCUUCUCGGUGGGAGGAUACGUGUGGUCGGAAGGGCUGGUCUACGCCGUCAACAAUAAGGAAUUGUACAUGCCCGUGCUAGAACGCGUGGAAGCCCAAGUAUGGGACUCGGUAGCAGACAUCACGGCUGUCACAGUUGGGGUACCGUCGGCCAUCUUUCCUAAAAACAAAUUUUUACGGAAUGCCAUGAAUUCCUUCUUAGAGUUGUACCUGCGCGUGUUCAGCUCGGUGACGGCGCAGUACCGGCGCGCUUCGGACACGUACUACUGCACGCCGUGCCGCGCGCCCGCGCUUUUCCUGCUGUCCGCCAGCGACCCGGUCGGCGCGCGACCCAACAUACAGAACGCGCACGACACCUGGAUGCAGAUGGGCAUCAAGUGCACCUGGAAAUGCUGGGACAAUUCACCGCAUGUGCUCCACUACAUGCAUCAUCCGGAAGAGUACACAGAAUUGUUGCUAACUCACCUCCGCGAGAACACGAGCUCAGUGCGCGAACGUUUCCUCAAACAAGCGCGCGAACGAGAAUACGAAGAGAAGCGAGCGGUUGCUUAA